AUGCCUCGCACCUGCAGCUCCCCCGAAACGCUCUGCGAAAAAUGCCGCCCCAUAUACAAGAAGCUCCAGAAGCACAAGCUCCCCAAACAACUAACGCCGGACGUGAUCUUCCCCCUCUCAGAAGUCUACCCCUUCGUCCUAAAGCAGGAGUUCCCGGCAAACUGCAGCGUCGAAAUCUCCGAGGAAUUCGUAAACCAGAUCUCCGACGCCAUCAAGGCCUGGUGCAAGGAGCGCUACGACAUCUAUGAUGUCGACAAGCUGCGCAUUUCGUUCAAUGCAACUGAUACCACGGAUAAGCGGGAUAAGCCGAUAACGCACUUUGCUCUCAUGGUUGAUGCGCCGGAGUCCAUGAUCCUUACGGCUCAGGAUAUCGGUAAGAUCUUUUCGUUUAUGCCCAGGAAGUAUAGGGAGCGCUGGAGUUAUGUGUCUUUUGAGGAGUUUGAUGAUUGUAUGACGUACCAUCGGUUGAAGUUCUUUUACUAUAUGGUUCGUUAA